GAGGUCUACCACUCGCCCCCAGCCUUUAUAUAGUGGAAGCCAUGAAAGGGGGGUGCAGAGGGGGCGGGUGGAUGACCCACGCCGGGGUAUUAUCCAAACAAUCGUCACCCAAACUUACUUUUAUAACGCCCAGUAUCCGCUCUAACGGUUAUACUCGCAAAGGAGAAUCUGGAUUUAAAGAAAAUAGCAAAGAAAGUGGAAAAAAUUGUAAAAGAGAGAUUCGUAGCUCCGUUGGUAAAAACCGACAGCAGCUCCACCCAAGCGCGCACCAGGAUAACUUUUUCUGCCCAACAAGCGAAAAACAGGCGAGCUCGUCGGGCGGUUCAGUCAUCCAAUAUGGUGUUUCAGAAUUUGGCUUGACCCCUGACUCGCAGGCCUGGCUGCAAAUCGCACCGAGCUCAUCGCCAUGGUUCAGUGGAGGUUGCGUCAUUGGACAAGUGGUGCUGCCCGUCUGCUGCCCGGCUCGUGGCACCUGCGUCCCAGAGACUGAAGCGUGCAACCGCCCCUCGACCGCCGGGUCUCCUGGCGAUGUCCGCUGAUGCUGCUGAUGCUGAUGGCGCCUGCAAUCCGGGUGGUCGGACAGUCUCCACCCGCAGCCAUGCAGCGGCUCAUUUUAUGCAGCUCAGCCUCCCACUGAUCAGCUAUCGCCUGUCGCUUUGCCAGCAAAAUACCCGCCAUUCUGCUCAAUUGCCUUCUCCCCCGCACUUUUGCUGAACCCUGGCUGGCCGUCACCCAACCCCGGGGAACCCUACUGCGCUUGGGCGCAGCCAGGCUGGGGGCAGAGCGGUUGAGAUAAUGAGGAUAGU